UAACUCCACCAAGGCCGGUUGUUGGAGCCAUUUAUGUUUUCUUUAAACUUAUGUUUAUUUUGAUCGCUCACCACUUGGGGGCGCUGCUGGGUUUAUAGGUGGCUGUAAGGUUGUAGUAGGGAUACGGGGGUUGGCGAGGAAGUCAACAGUAUUUUGACCGUAUGGUUAGCGGGACAUUUAAAGAUCUUGAGCGCUGGUACUGCUGCUGUUGGAUUAUGUGCUACCUGCCAACUUAAGAACAAUAAAUGGAUUGGUAUAUCCAAAGUUUCAAGAGGUAUGGACUUUGUGGUAAUUCCUGCUAAACUGAACGAGUCAAAUCCGCUACCGCCAGCUCUCUUUCUCAUUAUGUGGUGGCUUAGGUCAAUUUCGUUUGUUUUGUUUAAAAGUCACUACAUUUUUUAAGUCAAAAUACUGACUACGCUAGAAUUGGAUGCGGACUGUUUGCUGAAGUGCAGUUGCUGCUUCGUUUGAGCAUGGACUGCUACAGGAGAAUGGUCUUGGGCGUUUGGAAAUGGAAACGGAACAUGGGACUGCGACAGCUUCGUUUGGGUGGAGACUAAUGGAGGCUCUGUGGGACCCAGAGGCUGGACCGGUGAAAUAAGUCUGCACAGAUUGCGGCGAUUGGUAACGCUUCAUGAAAGGAAGGAAGGAAGGAUUGUUCGUGUGAGUGCGGCGGUCUGACUGAUCGUUGGAUAUGGAGGUAUGGUAGCGCUACCUUAAAAACAAACAAUGGCCAUUUGACUAACUCGUGUGCACACGUUAAAGACUAGUCAGUAAAUCCAAUGCGCAUUGGUGGGGUUUAAAGGUUUUCGCAUAUGCGUAAUUUAAGUGACUGGGUCUUAAUUGAAAGUUCAGUUUUAAAAUGAAUUCUGAUUUUUCUGUGUCUGAGCCCUCCGUGGUUCAACCUCAGGGUAAUGAUGGUAAUACUCAGAGUACUAAUGGUAAUGUAAACAAAGAGCCUGUAAAAAGGGUGGUAAAACUCACUGAAAAGGCACUGCUUGAAAAAUUGGAGUCUUUGCAAAAAAUUCGAAAAUUUAAACUUAAUAAAGCUUCCAAUCUUAAAACUAUGAUUCAAGGGUUCAUGGUUAACACAGAACAUGAAACAGAGGUUAAAAGUGUAUUUGCAAAAUUUCAGGUAUUAUGCACUGAGGCAAAAGAAGCACACGAGUCUUUAAUGGGUCUGUUACCUGAUGAGGAAAAGGAAAAACAUGACAUAUGGUUUAAAGCAAAAAUGCUGAGUGCAAAUGAGUUCUCUACUGGGGUGUUUAAAUGGCUGUCACUUUCAAAAGAUGAUACAAUGGCUCAAACUAUUGACAACGAAGCACGUCCAAAAUAUGGUGUGUUGGGUCAAAUCGUUGAAAUUCAGGGUAGAGAGCUUGAUCCAAAUGAUGGUAUAAAUCCUGAUGACAGCAUUUCUAAUAUUAAAACCGGUGUUUCUAAUAAGAGCUAUAGCCACAAAGAGAGCCAUUCCAGUUCUAGAUCUAAACGGUCUAGCCACUCUUCUAUUUUGUUUGCACGCCUCCAAGCUGAGGCAGAGAGAGCAGCACUGGUAGCUCGUGCUGCAUCCUUAAAAGAAAAGCACACUUUGGAGGAGCAAGUAGAGGUGCUAAGGAGGAAAAAGGAACAAAUGGAUCUUGAUGCGGACUUGGCUGCUUCCACUGCUAAACUGUCAGUGUUAAAGAUUUAUGGAGCAUCAAGUGUCAUCUCAGAUGGAAUGGAGUCCUAUUUUGAAAAAGAAACCAAACAAAAGGCAGUCUCCAUAACAAGAAAAUCAGAGGAAAAUCCAAAUCCAUCUACAAGACAAAAGGUUAACAAAAGGCUUCUUGAUAUUGAUGCAUUGAUUUCACAACAAGAAAUGCAAGAUGACACUGAAAGUGGUCAGAGAGAUCCUCUUGGAAGUGAGUCACAAAGACAUGCCAAUAAAAUAGGUGUUGCACAGAAGCCACAGUUGCGAGAAAUGCAGUACCAAUUAUCAAACGGAGAAUCUCAAGGCCAUAUCCAUGAACCAAUCAUACGACCAAGGAGACCACAAAUGCAUGAAGGACAAUCACAACCAACUGUUCAGGAAAACAGUGAGAGUGCUACUUUACACUUACUUCAAAGACAAAAUGACAUAGCAGAAUUGCUAAUACAACAGCACAAUUCACAUCUGCUUCCUCCAAGAGAUGUUCCAAUCUUUGAAGGUGAUCCUCUGCAAUACAGAACAUUUAUUAAAGCCUUUGAAUAUUGUGUGGAGGAAAAAACAAGUAGCAAAGGGGAUUGUCUGUACUUUCUGGAAAGGUACACUAGAGGACAGCCACGUGCAUUAGUUCGCAGCUGCCAGCAUAUGGCUCCUGAAAGAGGCUAAAAAUUGCUGUUGCAUGGAUGCUGAAAUUAAAACAUGUCUUAAUGGAAUUGAGCAAGAAAAGGAAGGAAUUGUUGGAAUUGUCAGACCAAUCCUGUGACAUUCAGCAGGAAAUGCAGAAGGUCAAAGCUGCAUUAAGACCACAAAGCUUGUCCAUAGAGGACCUUUCUGAAGCAGAAAAGGCAGUCAUUCGUUUUUCUCAGUUUGAAAGGUUUAACAAAGAAAUUGUUGGACUGUCCUCAGGAAAAACGGAAGUGUCAAAAGGCAGCACUAUCCACCGAUUGAACCCGGUCCUGGAAAAUGAAUUGUUGAGAGUUGGUGGAAGAUUGUGUAAGGCAGCAAUGCCUGAAGAGAUUAAGCAUCCCAUCAUUUUAUCCAAAGACCAACAUAUUUCCAAGCUUAUUUUAAAGCAUAUACAUGAACAGGUCGGUCAUGGUGGAAGAAACCAGGUUCUGUCCAAAUUGCGUGAGAAAUAUUGGAUAACUCAUGCCAAUGCAGCAACAAGGAAAAUUCUAUCCAGUUGUGGCUUGUGUAGGAGAUUCAAAGGAAAACUGGGUGAACAAAAAAUGGCCGAUUUGCCUGUUGAAAGGUUGACUCCUGAUCUUCCUCCAUUUACUAAUGUUGGAGUUGAUUACUUCGGGCCAUUUGAAGUAAAACGAGGACGUUCCUUUGUAAAGCGAUAUGGUGUUAUUUUUACGUGCAUGGCUAGUAGAGCCAUACAUUUAGAAGUGGCCUAUUCUUUGGAUACAGAUGCAUGUAUUAAUGCCAUUCGAAGAUUCAUUUGCAGAAGAGGACAAGUCUCUCAUUUGAGAUCAGACAAUGGAACCAAUUUCACUGGUGCAGAAAGGGAAUUAAAAGAAGCAUUGGCAGCUUUAAACCAUGAUAAGAUUCAGAAAGUCUUUCUGCAGGAAGGAAUCAAAUGGAGCUUUAAUGCACCUACAGCCUCCCAUCACGGCGGUGCAUGGGAGCGAAUCAUUAGGAUGGUGAAAAAGAUUCUUACAUCCCUUUUGCACCAGCAGACUUUAGAUGAUGAGGGGUUACACACAGUUUUAUGUGAAGUGGAAGCGAUCAUUAAUGAUCGCCCAAUCACCAAAUUGUCUGAGGAUCCAAAUGACUUAGAGCCUCUUACCCCCAACCAUCUUCUUACUAUGAAAAGGAAACCAGU